AUGCCUGUUCAUUAUCUAUCUAUCUCUGUCUGUUCUUUAUCUCUAUAUCUUUGUCUGUUCAUUAUCUAUCUAUCUAUCUAUCUAUCUAUCUAUCUAUCUCUUCAUUCUCUAUCUAACUAUAUAUCUCUGUUUAUUUUCUGUCUCUGUUCAUUAUCUAUCUAUCUAUUUCUGUCAGUCUGUUCAUUAUCUAUGUAUCUAUCUAUCUAUCUGUCUCUGUUCAUUAUCUAUCUAUCUAUCUACAUCUUUCAUUAUCAAUAUAUCUCUGUUCAAUAUCUAUCUAUCUAUCUAUCUAUCUAUCUAUCUCUAUGUCUAUUCAUUAUCUAUCUAUCUAUCUAUCUUUUAUCAUCUGUUCAUUAUCUAUCUAUUCAUCUAUUUUUGUCUGUCUGUUCAUUAUCUAUCUAUCUAUCUAUUCAUUAUCAAUCUAUCUAUCUAUCUGUUAUCUAUCUAUCUAUCUUCUAUCAUCUGUCUCUGUUCAUUAUCUAUCUAUCUAUCUAUCUCUGUUGUCCAUCUAUCUAUCUAUCUAUCUAUCUAUCUAUCUAUCUCUAUUCAUUAUCUAUCUAUCUAUCUAUCUAUCUAUUCCAUCCUUAUAUAUAUAUCUAUCUUCAUCUAGUCUUCAUUAUCUAUCUCUGUUCAAUAUCAAUCUAUCUAUCUAUCUAUCUAUCUCUGUUCAUUUCCCUGUUCAUUAUCUAUCUAUCUAUCUAUGUUUGUCUGUCUGUUCAUCUAUCUAUCUAUCUAUCUAUGUCUAUUCAUUAUCUAUCUCUGUUCAUUAUCUAUCUAUCUAUCUAUCUAUCUAUUUUUUUCAGUUCACAAUGGAAAAAAUUCAUAUAUGUAUCUAAGAGACUAUGUUUAAAACAUCCGUAUCACAUAUCUAUCUAUCUCUGUUCAUUAUCCCAUCUAUUAACUGCCAUCCAUAUCUAUCUAUCUCUCUAUCUCUCUAUCUAUCUAUCUAUCUAUCUAUCUAUCUAUUUAUCUGUUCAUUAUCUAUCUAUUCAUUAUCUAUCUAUUUUUGAUAGUCUGGGGAAUCUAUUUCAUUAUCUAUUAUCUAUCUAUCUAUCUAUCUAUCUUUGUCUGUUCAUUAUCUAUCUAUCUAUCUAUCUAUCUAUCUAUCUAUCUUUCAUUAUCUAUAUAUCUCUGUUUAUUUAUCUCUGUUCAUAUCUAUCUAUCUAUCUGUCUCUGUUCAUUAUCUAUCUAUCUAUCUAUCUCAUUAUCUAUCUAUCUAUCUACAUCUAUCUAUCUUCAGACUUUAUUAUCAAUAUAUCUCUGUUCUAUCUAUCUAUCUAUCUAUCUAUCUCUGUUCAUUAUCUAUCUCUGUUCAUUAUCUAUCUAUCUAUCUCUCUAUCUCUCUAUCUAUCUAUCUAUCUAUCUAUCUAUCUGUUCAUUAUCUAUCUAUUCAUUAUCUAUCUAUUUUUGUCUGUCUGUUCAUUAUCUAUCUAUCUAUCUAUCUCUGUUCAUUAUCUAUCUAUCUAUCUAUCUCUAUUAAUUAUCUAUCUCUGUUCAUUAUCUAUCUAUCUAUCUAUCUAUAUCUAUUCAUUAUCUAUCUCUGUUCAUUAUCUAUCUAUCUAUCUAUCUAUCUCUAUCUAUCUAUCUAUCUAUCUAUUUCAUUUUUUUAUCUAUAUCUAUCUAUCUAUCUAUCUCUGUUCUAUCUAUCUCUGUUCAUUAUCUAUCUAUCUAUCUAUCUAUCUAUCUAUCUAUCUAUCUAUGUCUUAUCUAUCUAUUAUCUAUCUCUGUUCAUUAUCUAUCUAUCUAUCUAUCUAUCUAUUCUAUUAUCUAUCUAUCUAUCUCUGUUCAUUAUCUAUCUAUCUAUCUAUCUAUCUAUCUAUUAAUAUCUAUCUAUCUAUCUAUCUAUCUAUCUAUCUAUCUAUCUCUAUUCAUUAUCUAUCUCUGUUCAUUAUCUAUCUAUCUAUCUAUCUAUCUAUCUAUCUAUCUUAUCUAUCUCUGUUCAUUAUCUAUCUUCUAUCUAUCUAUCUAUCUAUCUAUCUAUCUCUGUUCAUUAUCUAUCUCUGUUCAUUAUCUAUCUAUCUAUCUAUCUAUCUGUUCUAUCUAUCUAUUCAUUAUCUAUCUAUUUUGUCUGUCUGUUCAUCUAUCUAUCUAUCUCUGUUCAUUAUCUAUCUAUCUCUCUUUCAUUAUCUAUCUAUCUAUUUAUCUAUCUAUCUAUCUAUCUUAUCUAUCUAUUAUCUAUCUAUCUAUCUAUCUAUCUAUCAUCUAUCUAUCUAUCUAUUUUAUCUAUCUAUUCAUUAUCUAUCUCUUCUAUUUAUUAUGUAUCUAUCUAUCUAUCUAUCUAUCUAUCUCUAUUCAUUAUCUAUCUAUCUAUCUAUCUAUCUAUCUCUAUUCAUUAUCUAUCUAUCUAUCUAUCUAUCUAUCUCUAUUUAUUAUGUAUCUAUCUAUCUAUCUAUCUAUCUAUCUCUAUUCAUUAUCUAUCUAUCUAUCUAUCUAUCUAUCUAUCUCUAUUCAUUAUCUAUCUAUCUAUCUAUCUAUCUCUAUUUAUUAUGUAUCUAUCUAUCUAUCUAUCUAUCUAUCUAUCUAUCUAUCUAUCUAUCUCUAUUCAUUAUCUAUCUAUCUAUCUAUCUAUCUCUCUAUUUAUUAUGUAUCUAUCUAUCGUUAAAAAUCUAUGUUUAG